CUGCUGCAUGCAGUCUGGUGACGCUUGUGUCAGUGUGUUUGCAGGAAGCAUCAUCACUUUUCGUUUGCGAAAACUAAAUAAAAAUAAGAAAAUACUUUUAUAAUAAGCAAGUGUGCUUUGGUUCAAUGCACUGUGGUACACGCCUGCCUUUUUCUCAUAGACCAACGUGUGGAGCAUUCUGAUGACAUUUAAAUUAUAUUUGAAUAUUUUCGCUGCUAUAUUCUAUUUCUCCAGGAAGGAAGGGCUGGGAGGAGAAUCCUCGGCGCUCGAGUGGCGGAGGUUCCGGGGAGGAGUUUGCACACCUCGGCAGAGACCGUCUUACAAAACAACUGCCUCUUGGAUAAAAAAAAAGAUAAAAAGAAAUGGCAGGACGAUGAGGCAGUGCAGGGGUAAGGGUGAAGGACAAGGAAAGAGAAGGAGCGAGGCAGGCUGGAAAUGGAGCUGAGGGGGCAGAGGAGGGCGCAUGAGGAGGGAAAUUUGUUCCAAGAUCCUGAUUUUCCUGCAGAGAACUCGUCCCUCUUUUCAUGCUACUCCACUCCCAUUUCGAAAUUCCAGAGUCAGAUCUCCUGGCUGCGCCCACAGGAACAGUGCCAGUCCCCGAGACUAUUUUCUCCGAUCCCUCAGGAGAGCCAUGUGAAGCAGGGAAUCCUGGGAGACUGCUGGUUCCUGUGUGCCUGCACCAUGCUGGAAAAGAAUAGACACCUGCUGGACAAGGUGGUCCCAUCUGGCCAGGCGGAGUGGGGAGACCAGGGCUACAGCGGCCGGUUCUGGUUCCGGUUCUGGCAGUUUGGCCACUGGGUGGAGGUGGAGGUGGACGAUCGCUUACCCUGCAUCGCAGACAGGCUGUGCUUCUCUCACUGCCGGUCCAGCAGCGUGUUCUGGGUCUCGCUGCUGGAAAAGGCGUACGCCAAGCUCCGUGGCUCGUACGAGAGGCUGUGGGCAGGGCAGGUCGCAGAGGCACUUGUUGAUCUCACGGGAGGGCUGGCGGAGAGGUGGAGCCUGAAGGAUUGCAGGAAGGAGGAGGAGGAGAGGGUGGAAGGGAACAGCCUCGUCCCGGAGAAACUGACGCUGGACAGCCUGGUGGACGUGAAGGAUGGAUGUGUAAUGAGCUGCUCCGUUCACAGCUCCCCUGGAGGUGCCAGUGAGCUGGGGGAAUACCAUGCCUACAAUGUGAUGGAGUGGGUUGAUGUGAAGCUGCUGGGGGACCACAGGGUCCGGCUGCUGCGGAUCCGCAAUCCCUGGGGCCGGCGCUGCCGUGGGGGCCCCUGGGGGGCCAGUGGGCAGGGUUGGGGUCGGCUGGAGCUUGACUCUGCCGCUCGUCUGUUGUCUCACACCGAGGAGGGUGAAUUCUGGGUAGAGGAAGAAGAGUUUUUCAAGGAGUUUGAUGAGAUCACUGUGGGUUAUCCAAUCGAUGAUAAUGGACACCUUCGAAGCCUUCAUACAGGGAAGGUGCUAACCCACAGCCAGCAGGUGCAUGGGUCCUGGGUCAAAGGUCACUCUGCCGGAGGUUGCCGUAACAACAGCAGUUUUGUCAGCAACCCCAAGUUCUGGCUGCAUGUGUGUGAGGCUGGGGAGGUGCUGGUCUCUGUGCUCCAGCGGUGUGUCUCGGGCUCCAGUGAAAAUUGCAAGGUCGAGGGGAGGCAGCCAGGGGGCAGCACUGAACAGCACCAGCACUGCCAAGCAAUAGGGCUGCAUAUAUGGAAGGUGGAGAAAAGGCGUCUGAACCUGCAGAAGACCCUGAGUAAGACCCCCUGUGUGUUCACGCGCUGCCACGCCUACGACCGCGAGGUCACCCUGCGCUGCCAGCUCUCCCCCGGGUAUUACCUCGUCAUCCCCAGCACCUUCCUGCAGGACGUGGAGGCCACAUUCCUGCUGCGGGUCUUCUCAGCCGGGACAGUCUCGCUCAGUGCAGUGAAGCUUCCCCCCUCUCCAGUGACCCCGAUGGGCAGCCUCAGUGAUGGAGAGUGGGAGACCAGCAGCUUGGAGGGGAAGUGGCUCAGAGGUGAGAGCACAGGGGGCAGCAGGAACUUCCCCACCCACCUGUUGAAUCCACGCCUGCCCCUCACUGUGGCCUCGGAGCCAGGGCAACCCAACACCAGGAUCACCCUGCGCCAGCACUGCCCUCCUGGGGAGUGCCAGGCCAUUGGCUUCCAUAUCUACCAGGUCCCGGGAGGCACUGAAGACCAGGAUCAGGAAUCUUUCCAGGAUCGGGAGCCUCGGGCCAGCUGUGUCCCUCAUCGCUACACACAGGAAGUGAGCAUGUGGUGCUCCCUGUCUCCAGGAAGUUACAUCAUUGUUCCCUCCACAUACCAGCCCGAUUGCGAGGGAUGCUUCACAGUCACCAUAUCAACCAAAAUAGACAGAAAACCAGUGAGAAGCAGAGAGAGUCUGGGACGACUCUUACAAGAGGUUUCCUACAUCUCGGUGAUGCGGAGCUAGGGAUGGGAAGCUGUGAUGACGUCAGCUCAGCGUUUGGCCACAGAUGAAAGGGCCUGAGCAGGUCACAGCAGAACAAGGCCGGGAGCCUUUAUUUUCCACUGGUGCCGCUUGAGAUUUGCACAUCACAGCCCUUCCAUUCCCCUGGCACUAAUCUGAGGCGACGUGACUCAGCGGUGUAAACAAGCAGCCCCGAUUUGAAGAGGCUGAAACAAAAACAAUCUCCUCCUCCCUUGACUCUGCAGAGAGAGUUCCUAGAGUGCUUUGAAGUUUUCCUGGGAUGUACAGAGGAGAACCAAAGAGCCCGACCCAAAGCGACAUGGUUCAGUGGGAAAUUCCCAUGUGUGACUGGACUCUCAGAUUUGCUUCAUCAGAAGAAGUUUUUCCAUUCACAGAUGCUGGAUUCAUGGCUUUCCACCUGACUGAACACCCUCAUCGCCCCCCAGCUGAUUACAGCACAUAUUGUAACAUUUCCAGGGAUGGAACUAGGACUCCUUUUGAAUAGCAGUUUUAAUAUGUGCUUGAUUAGCCCCAGUAUAUGCUGUAGGUAACAAGCUUGGGUGUGUCUCAUGAAACUCGUGGUAAAACCAGUAAUGGAUCAAACUGUUAUGCAAUGGGAGUCUUAUUUGCAUUCCUGCAUUUCACUUGCACACAGUUUACAAGACAAGCUUGUUUGUUUUAUUUGUGCCUUUUUGUAGUUCACAUUAUUAUUCAUUAAAAUAAAUGAAAUGAUAGAA